GCUUGGCGCAGGUCUGUGGCGCUCCUGCCUGCUGCAGGCGUGCUAUUUGCGGCAGCGGAGACCUCUGCGAAAUGCUUUUGUAUGGGCGAGUGAAACCUUUUUUUAAUUUUGGGUUUGCGUGCCGGGGGGUGAGCUCUCAGCGUUCGGUGGCCAUGCUGUGCGGGGGGCCGAGCGGGCUGUCCUAGCUGCCUGAGCCGCUCCAGCAGCGGUGGGUCCGGUGCGGUGCACAGCCAGAGAUGAGGCCUACUUGUUAAAGCUCCACACCGCCCCUCCGCCGCGAUGGAUGAUGAUCAACAACAAGCUGCUCAGAAGCCUGCCUCCGGAUUAGGGUCUCUUCCAGCGGUGGUACCGGGACUCCAGGGCCCAGAAGCUAACGCGUUACAGUUCAAAAUCAAGAAUUCAAUUUGCAAAUCUGUACAAUCAAAAGUGGACAACAUAUUGCAAGAUGUUGAGAAGUUUACAGACAUUGAAAAACUCUACCUCUACCUUAAGUUGCCUUCUGGUCCCAGCAGUGGCAAUGAUAAAAGUUUCCCCAUAUCUAUUCAUCACCCAAAACCCCCAAUUCUGCACAUUUGGACUGAGAAUGAGAGGGGGUCCUCCACUCCUGGAUUAUGCGAUCAGAGUUCCAUGUCGUCGAGCCGUACUCAACAGAUGUAUGCCUUCAACUGGAUACGGAAUCACUUAGAAGAGCACCCAGAGACGUCCCUCCCAAAGCAAGAGGUGUAUGAUGAAUACAAGAGCUAUUGUGACAAUCUCGGCUACAAUCCACUGAGUGCAGCAGACUUUGGAAAGAUCAUGAAGAAUGUCUUUCCUAACAUGAAGGCACGUCGACUGGGCAUGAGGGGCAAAUCCAAAUACUGUUAUAGUGGUUUAAGGAAGAAAGCUUUUGUUCACAUGCCAUCUUUGCCCAGCUUGGAUCUGCAGAAAUCUGGUGAUGGGUGCGAGCUGAUGGAACCAACGGGUCAGUCGCCAAGUGCUGAAGAUGAAAUGCGAUCGGCCGCCUGUGGUCUUGUCUGUGAAUGGGCCCAAAAGGUCCUGAGUCGUCAGUUUGAUAAUGUGGAGGACUUGGCCCGGUUUCUGCUCAAUAGCCACUACAUCGGUACUAAGUCCAUGGCUGCUCUCACUGUUAUGACUGGAACACCAACAGGAAUGAAGACUCCAACUCCAGCCUCUGCAUUUGUGCCCACAGCUGAAGCAAAUUCUUUCCAGCCCCAGGUGAAGACUCUGCCCUCUCCCUCUGUUGACGCAAAGCAGCAGCUUCAGCGCAAAAUCCAGAAAAAGCAACAGGAGCAGAAGCUUCACUCGCCCCUGCCUACUGAGACCCAGGUCAAGAGAACUGAGGCCAGUACCCCGGGUCCAACCAUCCCAUGUGGCAGCCCUGCUCUGCUCUCUCCGCAGCCCACAAUAGGGAUUGUUGUAGCAGCUGUUCCAAGCCCAGUCACGGUACAGAGAAGCAGGCAGUUGAUGACCUCGCCCAGCCCUGUGGGGACGGCGGAAGGGAAGGUGCUACCUGUCAACUUCCAAGUGGUCACUCAGUCUAUCAAACAGUCCCCCAAGACUUCCCAAAAUAUUUCAGCUAGUCCUGUGAGUGACCGGCUAGCACGGCACGGUACACGUUAUGCUCAAAUUCUGCCCAAGCCCUCUGCCACUAGUGCCAUCACGCUGCGUUCACCCCCCACCCUGCUCAUCACCAACAGCCCCAUAAAAACUGUAAUGCCCACUCCCCACGUCAGCUCAGUCAAUGUGGUGAAAAUGACGGCAAUCGCUUUGACUCCCAGCAACAGCAGCACUAGCAACAACAGCAGCACAACCGUGCGGCCUGCCUCAGCAGGCGUGAGUGCCACCGCUGCUUCAGAUGAUUCCCAGCAGUCACACAGUGGGACCUUGGUUGCCCCCCAGUCUCCUGUAGUCAGAACCAGUGCCACACCAUCCACUGACAUCAAAGUAGUGUCUGAAGCUGGAAAUGACAGUAACGCCACUCCUGGCACAGAGAAACAGGGUGCUCUUCAAAGCCCGGCUAUUGGGGCUAAAGAGGAACGAUUAGCUAAGUUCCGGGCUGCCAGUGAACCAAACUUUCUGGUUAAGUGUUCUCCAGGACCAGAUAAAGGGGCAAGAAUAAAAAGUGACCCCAUAUCCCCUCCCACCUCAGUAGCUAUAGCUGGGACUCAGGACAGCAAUAAUGGUAACUACCAUGACAGUACUUUGUACUUGACUGUUGAUAAUCACAACUCCAAUGGCAACAUGUCAUCCAAUGGCUCCUCUGCUGUUAGUCCAUUAUCUAAAGAUUCCUGCCCAGAUGUUAAGAGCCCCAGGAAACGUACAGGACCAGGUGGGGAAUCCCAUGUGAUUCCUGUGAAGAGGGUGUUCAUCUCUCAACAGCCACUAGCUGCAGCUGAUGGUGUCAAACCAGGAGUCAGCGCAGCAGUGAAGAGAAUCCCCAGACCAGGAACCCCUGCCAGACCAGAGAGUGCCCCCUGCAAAGUGACUGUGAAACACACCACCAUUGGGCAAACACAGGUUCUUUCCCUCUCCGAUUCACCACUUACACAUGCUGAGGGCCCCCAGACUGUUGUCAAACCCCAGGUAUUGAUGGUGAAACACGAGGAUCACCCUCUCAACACUGACACCAGCACUGGAGCAGCUGGAAACAGCAAUUCUGAUCAGACGUUGUUACAGCAGAUCACUGGAGACUCUCGCACCAUACCAGCCAUCUCAGGAGCACAAGAAGCCUCUGUGAUGAGUGAAUUAAAGAGCACAGUGUGGGAGGAGGGACAGCUGGAUGAGCUUCACAAGCAGGCAUUUUCACAACAGAUACCAGCAGAACACAAACAAACCACUACGGACCAACUUUCUAUCAUAGCUCAGCCUUCUGAGGCUUCAACCCAGCUCACCCUCACACAGGAAAUGGUUGACUUUGCAGGAUCUCAACCUAGCAUGGACUACUUCCCAUUCAAUGAUGAUGACAUGACCCAGGACAGCAUUGUGGAAGAGCUAGUACAAAUGGAGGAGCAGAUGAAGCUCAAGGGCCUGUUCACUGACUGUGUUGAUGUGUCUCUACAAGGCCAGUCAGCCAGCAGUCAAGGUUCCAUUCUCAAUGCUCACCAGUCUGGCACUGCCUUCUACCACUCUACCCACAGCAGCACAACUCCCGUCCAAACUCCCACGCCAACACCAACCCCAACUCCCACCCCUACAUCUGAAAUGGCACUUGGACAUACCAUAACACGAGAGAGCCCGUGCUCUCGCAUAGCUCCCAUCACCCCUGUAGAUGGUGCCAUGGGUCGCCACACCCCUAUCAGUACUCCAUUGUCUAAUUGCAGUAGUAGUGUUCCCCCGAGCCCAGUGGAGUGUCGAAACCCUUUUGCCUUCACUCCCAUUAACUCAAGCAUAACAGGUUAUCAUGAUGCCAGCAUUGUUUCUAGUAGCCCUGUCAAGCCAAUGCAAAGGCCCAUGGCGACUCACCCUGACAAGGCCAAACUGGAGUGGAUCAACAACCGCUAUAACAACAGUGGUGGCCCUUUGUCCAACCAUAGCAUUGGCAUUUUGCCCAGCUACCAAGAUCUGGUGGAUGAUCAGUUCCGUAAGCCACAUGCCUUUGCCAUUCCUGGUCAAUCAUUUCAGGCUCAGUCGAGGCAGGAUGGUGCUCACUUUGGCCGUUUGACCCCCAUUUCCCCAGUGCAGCAGCAGCACCAACAACAGCAGCAACAGCAGAUGGUAACUGGUGUAUCUACCCCUACUAAACAAGAGAGUUUUGCUGUGCCUGCACCAUUAGACAACAAGGCUUCAACCUCAUCUGCUUCCACCACUUUCCGGUGCCGUAGUGUUAGCCCAGCAGUGCGCCAGAGGAAUUCCAGUGGCAAUGGCAAUAGUGCUCCAGCCACCAGCACUAACACCCUCACCACAUCCACCUCCACCACCACCCGUGCUGUUGUCUCUCCCUUUAACUCUCCUAUCACCUCUGAAGUACUCAGCAUCUUGUCCAACAGCCAGACAGUCAGCUCUGUCCACAGCAUGGUCCAGCGUAGCCAGUCUGUACCUCUGAACAUCAUGAUGCAGAGUGAGAUGCUGCCUGUGCAGGGUCAGAGCAACACCACCAAAAUCACCAAUGUACUUCUCAGCAAGAUGGAAGCUGACGGGGAUGAGUCUGUUCGUGGCCUGGGCAUAAACAACCUCCCCUCAAACUACACAGCCCGUAUGAAUCUCACGCAGAUCCUGGAGACCACCCCUGGCUUCUCAGGAGGAACUGCCCACCAGACACAGCUGCCUGUCAACUCCAGCCCUGCUGCCUUUGAGAUCCAACAGCAUGGCUACCUCACCACUAGCAGUGGAGACCAGGUGAGUUUCUCCACCGGAGACAGCCAAGCACAAGUGGGCCCUGGUGACCAAGACCAGCAGGAGCUCCAGGAGAACCCUGUGCAGACACAGCCACAGCUCCUUCUCCAGAGCACGCAGCAGCAGGAGGUGGAGGAUGAACAACAACAGCUGGAUUUCAACAACACUGUCAAGGACUUGUUGGGGGAUGAUGGGCUCAACCCCAGUUCCCAGUUGGUGGGUCAGGUAGCAUCAGAGCUCAAUGCUGUGGCAUCUGACUUCUCAAAUGACAUCAGACUCACCUCUGAUCUGUCCAGUAGCAUCACUGACCUUAACACAUUGGACACCAACCUGCUGUUUGACCCCAAUCAGCAGCAGGAACAAUAUGAAGACUCAACACUGGAAGAACUGAAGAAUGACCCGCUUUUUCAACAGAUAUGCAGUGAUACUGUGAACUCUGGUUUUGACUGGUUAGAAAGUAAAGACCAGCCUACUACAGUUGAAAUGUUGGGCUAAUCUUAAUGCUCUUUAAUUUCUUAUCCCUGUAGUUUGUUUGGUGCAUAUGUAGUAUAUCCGUUUUUAAACAAUAGUUUGUUGGGAUUUGUCUGGACUUUGCCAUUUGUCCUGAUAAAAGUGCCAGGCUCACCAGAUAAUCUCUCCUACUGAUGUUUAGGUAUUUCUCUCCUUUAUCAUUUGUCACAGUAUUUUCAACUCUUUUGUCCCUCAUCUGAUAUGAAAAAAAAACUGUAGGCAUUUUAUGUAAAUGAGUACUUGAUGGCCACAAGAACUUUCAAAGAGCAGAUUACUAUGGUAUGUGAGUUGAAAGAAAAGUAAUCUUCCAUAUUAUAAUCAAUUAAUAAUGCAAUAUUUGUAUUUAAAGAUACAUUUAAUGAAAGCGAGACUGAGAAAAUUUGGCACAAAAGACUUCACCAAAAAAAUAUGCUAUUGUAUACUGCUUCAGUGUGUGCAAUUCAAGUUCUGCGUGCACAUGAUAGUUGUAGUACAUCUGCCUGCCAUAUCUAAAUAUUAAAAAGGGUAGCAUUGCAUGCUACCAGGUGCUGAGUUUAUGACAUAAACUUUAUACUUUAUCAUAUACCAAAUCAGUGGAAUACUGAUCACAUCUGAGCAUUGUUCAAGAGUGAAACUUUCUUAAAGCCUAUACUUGUACUGUUUAAAAUCUUAAUAAAAAAAAAGGGGGAGUUGAUGAAAAAGCAAGGACAAGACAGGUAUUCAGGCCACCUAGUGGAUAAUACAUUUAAAGGAAUCAACAACUGGCUGCCUUAUUUCCAAAGUCCAAGGCCUUAUGCCAUCUGUAGAGAGGAACUGUACAUAGUAUGAUGAUGAGGUGUCUUCGGAACCAUCCAGAGCUUAAUCAUAACAAGGCAGCUGUUACUCUGAUAUUUUAAGUACUAUUUCUUAUUCUGUUUUUAAUUGUUGUUUUGCAGUGUUACAGUAUAGAUGCAUAUUGUAUAGGCUAAAGACCACACUGUGUGUGCCCUUGUCAGUAAUGUAUUUAGAGGACUAUGAUAUGGUAUCAUUUUAUUAAACCCAUGGCAGGCACACUUUCAGUCAGGUUUUUUUUUUUUUUUUUUUUUUUUGCAUGCUCUACUCUGAGCUUGGAGAAGAAUAUCAGUGGUAUGGAGAAGGCUCAUUGACACAGAAGGCUAGAGGCUAAUGUGCAUUGGUGUCAUCUUGAGCUCAAGAUGAAUGAAAUUGCUCAAGGAGAUCCAGCCUUAUUUCCAUACCAAAGAUGUCCUGCUUGACAAAAGAGAUUAUUACACGUGCACUCCUAGUAACCAUUACCAACAGGGAAACAAGCGGCCUCUGAGAUGGUCAAAUGUUUUUCUGCAAUUGACAAAAACAUUUAAGUUGCGUAAAUCUCAUGUAAAGUAUGUAAAUUUAUGAAAUGGUCAUUGUCCUAUGUUUUAUAGGUAACCAUGGACCUGUAAGCAUGUUGAAUCCAUCACUGCUAGCCAGGUAGGCUAUGUGGUAAAGUAGGAUGCUUGUUUGAGUUUUUGGCUAUUCUCAAUGUUGUAUGAGUCAUGUUAAAGCGCCAUCUGUAAAUAGGAUAGAUUCAUAGAGAUUUGAUGUGUCCAGACACUAUAUUAUGGCCAUUAAUCUAGUUAAGUAUGUGCCAUUGGGAGAAAAAAGAAAGAAAAAAGCUUACCAGAUCUAUAGUUGGCAAGAUACUGUAUGUUGUGUGUUACAUUUCUGGCUCAGUGUGUCGUAAAAGUAAUACUGUCUGGUCUCGCUUGCUGAUAUUUUUUUCCUUUCUUUUUAUGUUCAAAGAUAAGUCUGCAGUUGCAGAAGUGAUGUUGUGGUUUGAGCAGGAUCAAUAGCAUGGUUUAAUGGGGAGGAAAGUUGUGAUAUUGUUAGCUGGUUGCGAACAUCUCUGUGACAGACAUUGUGCUCGACGCCUUUCAGCAGACACUGGAAAAAAAGCUCAUGUUUUAGCAAACUUUGGAGGUUCACAUUAUUGCACUAAAUUUUUGACACAUGGCUUGGCCCCAUCUUUAUGGACAAAUACAGUGAUGGAUGCCCGCAAAAGAUAAAUAAAUAAAAUUUAAAAAUAUAUAUAUUUUAUAUGAUGAGAUGAGUAAGGAAAUGAUUUGUCAGAAAAUGACUAAUUGUCUUGUAGCAAAAUGUGCAUUAAUCUCAAUGAGAUACACAUUCUUACUCAUUCUCAUACAUGAGAAUAUAAAGCAUCGAGGGGUGGGGGAGUUCAAUUAAUCUUUGAAAGCCUACAUGUUUAUUAUGUUGAUAAAUGAUUGUACACACGCAUGUGUGACGAAUUCUGACGUUCUUUGUGUUCUUAGUGACCACUGUCAUCUGUGAUUUGGGCAGGUUCUGUUAACCAAACUGGCAGUGCUAGUUUCAUGAAUUAUUUUCAUUAUGUACUGUUUACUAAGUUAACUGUUCUGUAUGUUAUGUUGACAACUGUUCCAUGUACAUUUUUACUUUUUGCUAAAUGCGUUUGUGAAGAACCAUUGAUAUUUUCUUAAUUUGUGUUCUUUACCAAGAAGGCACUGAUAUUUGAAAUUGAAGGAAAUGCACCUGUUACACAUACAGGAACUCCAUCAAGCAGUGACUGAUUCUUUACCUUUGACUGACCCAGACCCAACUCUGUUUGACUAUGUUCUCCAUUUCUACCAGUAGAAAAAAAAUUAAACCUCCUCUGUGGUGUUGUCUGGUGUACCGCUUAAUGUACAGUAGCUUGUUAAUAUUGCAAACGCGUUGUUUCUUUUUUCAAUGGAAAGUACUCACUGGUGAGAUUUUUAAAGUGGUUUUAAAAGCCAAUAAACUUUUGUAAA